AUGGCACAACAAAAUCAAAGAAAAAAUCGACUUGGAUCUCAAUCAUCUAUUCCUAGUCGAUCGUUGGCACAGUCGGAUUCCGGCCAAAAACAAUCAAAUCUAAGCCCAGCCGAACUUUACAUCUAUGAGCAAACACUACGGAACACUGCUGCAAGUAACAAUCCUUUGGAAAAUAUUUCUGCCGCACAUAGAACUACUUUUCCUACGCAUAAUGAACUUAUGAAUGGAUGGCAUCAGGAUAGAAUUAAUCAAAGACUUCAAAAUUCGCCAUAUCAAUAUCAUUUCACAACAGCACCUGCAUCGAAUAAUUCGACACUGAGUAGACUCAAUAGUCAAGCGAAUGCAUCUGACAAUUCAAAGCCCAAUCAGCAGUCUGAUAUGGAUCAUAAAAGAAAACGAUAA